AUGUGUUGUGAAAUACGAUGUACGCGUGUGCAUACACUCUGGCGCGCAAAAGCACGAGAACGGUUGGCGCGCCGACCGAUCGGUCAACUCGGUCGACUGUCGGUCGGCUCGGUCGGUGGUCGGUCGGCGGUCGGCGAUUUUCGACCGACCGAAAUGGAAGCCCUAUUCCGAAUGGGGUGCUCAUCUAUCACGAAGCAACAAAUAUGGUUUGCCUUUUUGGGUUGGAAUCAGUCUGUAGCACCACGACACUUUGAAAUUUUGGUCCAGAAGUUGAACUUCCCAAAUCAAGGAGUUCAUAUGUCCCACAGUCUUUUAGACUAUGUUCGGCGGAGGAAGCGGUGUGUGCUUUCGAUAGAAGAACUGAAAAUCGGAGAAAUUAUUGAAAAGAUGGAAAAAGCGAAACAAAAGGAAAAGGAGGAAAGAGAAAACCUGCGAGCGACCAAUGCGAAACAAUUCGAAGGAAGUUCAUAUGAUACUGUCCAAGGAAUUUUAUCAGUGGCUGAUAUGUUCGACACUCCAAUAAUUGUCAAAAAAUGCGAGGAAUUUUUGCUUGAAAAAUCAAAAAAGGGACUGAAAAGAAAGCUGGAGUUGGCUGGAAAUUAUAGAAUGGAGGGACUGAAAAAACAAUGCCUGGAUAAAAUCAAAUCAAAAGCGGAUAUUCGUUCAGUUAUUCCAGCGGAUCCCAUGGAAAUGGACAAUGAAAUUCUUGCAGAGCUACUCAAAAAAGCUCUUAUUCUCAAUUGA